AUGGUGCCAUCUAGCACGGAGAGAAAAAGUCCUAACAUGAAUUCAGAAGAAGAUGAUUCACGUUCCACUCUUCAUUGUAAUCUCAUUCCAGUUAUGCUAUGUAUCUGGAAUUCUCUAAUAUCUAUUCAUAAAUUUGCCGGAAAACACUUUAACCUGCCAACAGCGAAACGAGCAUCAACAAACCCUAACAUCAUCAUGGAAUCACUACCCUCUCUUCCUUUUGAUCUCGUAACAGAGAUACUCUCUAGACUACCUGUCAAAAUGCUUGUUCGAUUCCGAUGUGUCUGCAAGCCGUGGAAUUCACUAAUCUCCGAUCACGAUUUUUCUAGAAAGCACUUUAAAUUAUCAACUACGCGCAACCUCUAUUUCACAAGCUAUAGUGGUCGUUCUCGCCGGUUUGUUCUAAAGUCUUAUCCACUCCAAUCUGUUUUCACAGACCUAACUACCAGUUUCACUCGACUAGAGUUUCCAUUUAACUGUCCUUAUUCUUAUGGGCACAAUUUGCAUUACAUUGUUGGUUCUUGUGAUGGAAUCCUAUGUCUUGCCUAUAUUCGAACCUCUUUUGUUGUAUUGUGGAAUCCUUCCAUUAGAAAAUUCAAGGAAUUGCCUCUGUUUGAAAACCCUGAAGACCUACCGGCUAUUAGACUAGUGGUAAAGUAUGGCUUCGGUUAUGAUCAUGUUUCUCGUAAUUACAAAGUGGUUGUUCUUUACAACUGUGGUAUUCACGAAGGCACAACUAAAAUAAAGGUUUAUACUUUGAGUACCAAUUCUUGGAGAAACAUCGGGACAUUACCUUUUCCUUUCGUCUAUAGACAUUUCGAUACAUUACCUUUUCCUUUCGUCUAUAGACAUUUGGAUGAUGCAUGCGGAAUAUACGUAAGUGGUAGCAUUAAUUGGUUGGCUUAUACUAAAUGGCAUCAUCCAUUUUGUAUUGUUUCUUUUGAUUUAGGUACGGAGUCUUGUCAAAGGAUUUGUCCUCCUGGAGGGUUAGAAAUGCAGUGGUUGAGAUUGUGUGUGUUGAAGGAUUGCUUGUGUGUAGUUUCUCGUGAUGAUGUUUGGGUAAUGAAAGAGUAUGGAGUUAAAGAGUCUUGGACUAAAUUGUUCGAACUUUCUAACUCGCUAGUUCAGUUUGUGCCGUUUUAUAUCUUGACCAAUGAGUUAUAUAUUUUUGAAGACGAUAAAGUGUGGUUGGAGGAGAAAUGGAAAAAGAAGUUGAUCAAGAAUGAUACUUUUAAGGUUACUGCUAAAACCCUUCCACAAAUCUGCACCGAAAGUUUGAUAUCACCUUGUUCUUAA